UCGACCGCUCUCGGUCCAUUAGCGCCGCCGCAGUUUAUUCCGCGCGGUCAGUCUCACGACGGGCUUUGAAACCUCUCCGUCACGAGAUCCAUCCAUCCAUCCAUCCACCCAUCCAUCCAUCCAUCCAUCCAUCUAUCUGCCUGUCUGUCUGUCCAGCCGAGUUUGAAACGUCACGGUCUCGUCUAUCCACGGCGCUCCGGAUAUCAGAUCUGAAUUGACUCCUCGUUCGUUCUUCUUGUUUGUCUUUAAAUGUUUUAGAGAGAGAGAGAGAGAGAGAGAGAGAGAGAGAGAGAGAGAGAGAGAGAGAGAGAGAGAGAGAGAGAGAGAGAGAGAGAGAGAGAGAGAAGCCAGGCUGUCUCCUGCGCUGUACACUAUAGUAUUAUUAGUGUUGUAAACUCCGUAUUUAUAGAUAUAUCUGUAUCUGUAUCUGGAGAUGCUGUCAAUCGGAUUGGCGCUGCUGGCGGUCACGAUUUUGGGAGAAGUGGUCUCCUUGCCUCUUCCCUCCCAGCUGAUGGAGGAAGAUGAAAAGGUGACUAAGUGUGUGAUCGAGGUUCUAGAAGACACCUUGUCCAAACCUGCCUCCAGCCCCAUCGACACCAACUGUGCCAGAAUCCUCAGGGAAGAUGAGCGGAUUCUCGCGAUGCUGCGUCAUGAGAACCUGCUGAGAGAGCUGCAGGAGCUGGCCCAUUCUGAGAAGCAGGAGAUGAGAGGAGGCCUGGAGAAGAUGAGGGUGGGACCAAGCGCCGCCCAGCGAGGAGGGGGCGGGGCCAAGGAGAGAGACGAGGUUGAGGAGAGAGAGAACCAGCGGGAGCAGGCAAAGGAGAGAGAGAAGGAGGUGGUGACAGAGGUGAAGGUGGAGAGGGAGGGAGUGAAGCAUGAAGAGAGAGAAGAGGAACAAGAGGAGAAAGAUGAGAAGAGGGGGAGUGUGAAAAAGAGUGAUAAGGAGCUGGAAGAACUGUUUGAGGAUGAAAAGAAAAGAGGGAAAGAGAAAAAGAGUGAUAGAGAGCUGGAAGAACUGUUUGAGGAUGAAAAGAAAAGAGGGAAAGAGAAAAAGAGUAAUAGAGAGCUGGAAGAACUGUUAGAGGAUGAGAAGAAAAGAGGGAAUGAGAAAAAGAGUAAUAGAGAGCUGGAAGAACUGUUAGAGGAUGAGAAGAAAAGAGGGAAAGAGAAAAAGAGUGAUAGAGAGCUGGAAGAACUGUUUGAGGAUGAAAAGAAAAGAGGGAAAGAGAAAAAGAGUAAUAGAGAGCUGGAAGAACUGUUAGAGGAUGAAAAGAAAAGAGGGAAAGAUAAAAAGAGUGAUAGAGAGCUGGAAGAACUGUUUGAGGAUGAGAAGAAAAGAGGGAAAGAGAAAAAGAGUGAUAGAGAUCUAGAAGAACUGUUAGAGGAUGAGAAGAAAAGAGGGAACGAGAAAAAGAGUGAUAGAGAGCUGGAAGAACUGUUAGAGGAUGAGAAGAAAAGAGGGAACGAGAAAAAGAGUAAUAGAGAGCUGGAAGAACUGUUAGAGGAUGAGAAGAAAAGAGGGAAAGAGAAAAAGAGUGAUAGAGAGCUGGAAGAACUGUUAGAGGAUGAAAAGAAAAGAGGGAAAGAGAAAAAGAGUGAUAGAGAGCUGGAAGAACUGUUAGAGGAUGAAAAGAAAAGAGGGAAUGAGAAAAAGAGUGAUAGAGAAGAGAAAGAGGAGGAGGAGGCAGAGGAGAAAGAGAAACUGGAGAGGGAAGCUUUCAGGAUUGAGAAACUUCUGGAGGAAAUGAAGGAGAAGAAACAAGAGGAAGAGGAGGAAGAGGAGGAAGAGGAGGAGAGGAAGAGAGGAGGGGUGAAGAAGAGGCACUUCAGAGAGGGAGAGGAAAUAGAAGAGGAAUACAGAAAGAAGAGGCGAGAGAGAGAGGAGGGAUGGGAGGAAGACAUCGAGGAGAAGAAGAGAGUGGAGGAGAAGGCGAGCGAUGAGGAGACGAGGCAGUUCGACCAGGAGAGAGGGGCUGGGAAUAAGAGGCAUCCUCCCCACUCGCACUCGCAUGAGCAGGGGGGGCCUCUUAGGAAGAGACACCAGCAGGAACAGGAAGCAGAAUCACUGCUCUUCCUGGACAAGAAACAGCACCCCAUGAGACAGGAGGAGGAGGAGGAGGAGGAGGAGGACGGGAUAGGGGAGUUCAGGAGGAAGGAGGAGCACGAGAACCUCUCGGAGAUCGAGGCCCAGCUGAGGGAGGUGGCAGAGAAGCUGAGCCAGAUCAGAAAGGGUUAACGAGCCAGUCUGUCAACAGCGUGCUCUGCAGUGUGUGAAACAUAUAUAUAGCGAGAGAGAGAAACACAAACAUAUUCACUGAGAAGAGAGGGGACCGCCCCGUCCAUCCUGUCUAUCUCAUCUUAUUGUUGAUUCAUUUCUGUGUUUGUUUUUUAUUGAUUUAAUAAUUAUUUUAUUUGCUGUGUGAUCAGGGUGGGGGUCAAUUCCUGUUUCUCAAAUUCUGAUUCCAUUUCCAAUUCCUUUUUUAAAAUCAGUCCCUGUUCCCUUCUAAUCAGUUCCAACACAUCCAACUUGCAGUCCGCAGUACUGUGUUAAACUGAGCUUCUCACAGAGGCGACAGCAUCAUUUACUUCAGCUGUUCGGUCACUGUUUGUUUGUCGAUUCAGUCAGCUUCAAACGAAAGCAGCUGAACAGUCACAGCAGUUAUUAUUCAUGUCUCUGAAGUAUCAAUUCCAAUGGAGAUAGCUUCGUAGGAAUGUGAAUUGGGAUUGGGAAUUGAUUUUAAUUUGCAGGAGUUGACCCUGUCUGUGCAAGGUGCUGGACUGCAGUCUGGGUUACAGUGUUAAGGCCAGCCAGCAGCCAGGUUUGUGGCUUAAAACUAUUUACAGGGUGACUGCUUAGAAACUGCUUAGAAAUCUCACCAACAACACAUAACUGCUGUUUCAUGCACGCGCACACACACACACACACACACACACACACAUCUAUAUACAGUUGUAGUCAAAAGUUUACAUACCCCAAUGGAAAUGUAUAAUUUCUAGAAAUUUCUCAAAAAGAAUUAUAGGAAAAAUCUGCUUUUGUGGAUGAGGAAAAAAAAUGACAAGAAACAGAUGUCUAUAAUGAUUUAUUUCAGCAUUUUUUUGAAAAGUAUUCAUGCACUGACAAGGAAAAUUAAAUUAAUAGCUAGUUGAGGCACCUUUAGCAAUAAUAACCUCUUUUAAAUGAUUAGGAUAUUUGUCAAUGAGCUUUUGGCAUGAUUCUUUUGUGAUUUUUUGACCAUUCAACACAAAAUUGUGCCAGUUCAUUCGAACUCUGUGCACAGCCUUCUUCAGCUCAUACCAAAGAUCCUCAGUCGGAUUUAGAUCGGGACUUUGACUCGGCCAUUCCAGAUCCUUGAUUUUAUUCUUCUUUAACCGUUCUGAAGUAGAUUUUGACGUGUGUUUUGGAUUGUUGUCGUGUUGGAAUGUCCAGUUGCGAUUUAAACCAGGUUUUUUAGCGGAGGGUUUCAGAUGAUUGGCCAAUAUCUUUUGGUAUGCUAUGGAAUCCAUUUUACCAUGUUCUGGAACUAAAUUUCCUACGCCAUUAGAGAAAAUACAGCCCCACAGAAGGAUAUUACCACCUCCAUGCUUAGUAGGUAUGGUGUUGUUUUCUUUGUACGCCUCACCAGACUUGGCCUGUGAUCAUUGAGACCUUCACCAUGCAAUACUCGACCUAUGGUUGAAAUGGAAACCCCAGUCCCACUUGCAGCCAAUUCACUUUGAAUAUCUUUGGCAGUUAAUCUCGGAUUGUUAUUAACCUUCCUCACAAUUCUUCUGCUUGUUCUUGAUGAAAGAACCUUCUUUCUUCCAGACCGAGGGAGCGUUGUGACAGUAUCAUGAAUCUUGUACUUAUUGAUAAUAGAAACAAUAGUUGAAAUUGGGAAAUUGGGAAAUCUUCUUGUAUCCUUCUCCAGCUUUAUGACAAUAAAUCAUUUUCUGCCUCAGGUCUUCGGAUAGCUCUUUAGUUUUUCCCAUAUUGCCUUAUUGGUGCUGACAGCAAUCAUCCUGUGCCUGACCCUUUAUACUCUCUAAGAAUGUUCACCUACAAUCCAGCACGUUCUAGACUUUUCUAGAAUUAGGUUCUGCAUUAUCAUAUUGAAAUUUCUAGCACCUUGUAGACAAUACUAUCAUAGCAUCAAAGGGUAUGAAUACUUUUGAAUUAGCAUUUUUGGAGUUUUGCAAAAAAAAAAAAAAUGCUGAAUUAAAUAAUUGUAGACAUCUAUUUCUUGUAACUUUUUUCCUCAUCCACAAAAGCAAAACUUUUGCUACAAAAGAUUUUUCCUAAAAUUCUGUUUUUGAGAAAUUUCUAGAAAUUCACAAUAAACUAGAAAUAUUUCACGUAAACUAGAAAUAUUUAUAAAACCUGAGAUUAUUAUUAGCAUUAUUAUCUGGUGUUGAGUUAUUAUUGUUAUUAUUAUUAUCAUCACUGUUGUUCUAUUGGGGUUGAAUUAUUAUUAUUAUUAUUAUUAUUAUUAUUAUUAUUAUUAUUAUUAUUAUUGCUAUUCUGUCCUAUUGGUUUUGCUGGCUAUGUACUGUUAUGCAGAGACUGGUAUUUUAUAUUGUUCAACACUGGCAUUGUCUGCAUAUGGGCCCUGAUAAAGGGGAAUUCUCAUCUAUUGCACUGCAUUGUCUCAUAAAAUCAUACAAAGUCUUAUUACCUGAUCUAAACUUCUCUAGGAUUUGCAUCAUUGCGUCUCAAUGAUUCAAUUAGUAAGAAACACAUAAAAAAAUACUGAAAUGCAAACAUUUUGAUUAUAAGUCAAAGUCUUUCUGUGUCUUCAAUAGAAACACUGAUAGAAAUUUAGUGAAUCCUGUAACAAACGUCUCUCUCAGUGUCUUCAGUGUAAAUUCAAUGGCAAACGUUUCCACUAGAAGACUCUCUCAGCGUCUUCAGUGUAAAUUCAAUGGCAAACGUUUCCACUAGAAGUCUCUCUCAGCGUCUUCAGUGUAAAUUCAAUGACUAACGUUUCCACUAGAAGUCUCUCCAAGUGUCUUCAGUGUAAAUUCAAUGACUAACGUUUCCACUAGAAGUCUCUCUCAGCGUCUUCAGUGUAAAUUCAAUGACUAACGUUUCCACUAGAAGUCUCUCUCAGUGUCUUCAGUGUAAAUUCAAUGACUAACGUUUCCAUGAGAAGUCCAAUUCCACGUCUUGCAGACCAGUCUUGUUUCUCAAUCCAGCCCUACUGAGUGUUUAGCAGUCCCUGAAGAGACGCAUCUGAAUCACACUUCUGAGUUAGACUGUAUCCGGUCGGACUGGGUUGAGUCCUCCUUUGGGCAUGUCAGACAGUGCCAGAGUUGCCAGUCUCCAUCUCUCAAUGACUGUUAUCAGGGUAUCUCACGCUCCAGUCAGAGUUUCUCUUUGCAGGGGUGUGCUGUCCUCCCCAGUGCAGCUGUGUGUCGCUCCGUUAAUUUAAGAGCACAAGCGCUCAGCGAGUGUCAUGGACGCAGUGAGAGUGAGAGUGAGGGGGAGAGAGUUCAGAAACACUAACAUAAACUUAAUACAUUCAAUGACAAACGUUUCCACUAGAAGUCUUUCUCAGUGUCUUCAGUGUAAAUUCAAUGACAAACGUUUCCACUAGAAGUCUCUCUUACCUAUUAUGUCCCUUUCAAUAUUUCUAAGUUUAGUGUUUAAUAGUGUUUCAUGAGUGAGUGCAAUAGUGAGAGUAUGUGUGUAUGUAAGAGUGCAAGUGUGUGAGUGCGAGUGUGAGUGAGUGUGAGUGUUUGCGUGUAAGCGUGAGUGUUUGAGUGCGAGUGAGUGUUUGCAUGUAAGCGUGAGUGUUUGAGUGCGAGCGUGAGUGUUUGAGUGUGAGCGUGAGUGUUUGAGUGCGAGCGUGAGUGUUUGAGUGCGA